AUGGCACGUCAUAUUCACACAGUGCGCUCCGUUCCCGACGUCCAUAACCUGUUCCUCUCUGCCGGGCUAGACACUCCAGACGAUACGCGACGUCUUGACGAUCAGCUUCCAAGUCGAAAAGGUCCUCACCAUCGCCAUCAGAACUCGGACGGGUUCAUACUACUAGACACGCAGCGCGCGACGUUCCACUGUUCGCCUUUUAACCAUCGCGACAGCUCCGCUCCUCUCUCUCCUGCUGACGAGCACGUAGGCAGUAGGCGCUCAGCAGGCGACAGUGACCAUUUCCCGUUACCGCGAUCGCCGCCCUUCGUUCACGGCAGGCCUACGGGGCUUCCGCCACGACGGCCGAAUAGUUUCCAAACGCUCGCGGCGGCAGACCCGCGGAACCCCGCCGUCGCUCGCGCUUCAGCAGCUGCUUUAUCCGCGGCGGCGCCCGCCGGUGCUAGUAACAGCUCCGAGCGCCCCGUGUUUUCAUCAAUUACUGAUUCCUCCUCCGAGGACUACAACACCGACGCGUCGCAGGACAUGCUCAGCGACGGGGCAAGGUUUUCGCAAUCUGCGGGUUACCCGCCGCGACAGUGCUACCCGGCACCCGGGACGCGCGCAGAAUCCACGAGCUACUACUACCAGCAGCCGAGCGGCAAUGCCGAUGCGACAAGAGAACCGCACGGUCUGAAAGAAGUCACGGAGGCCGUAUUACGGUCCCGCGUGCAGGAGGUUCUGUCGGAGCGGCAGGAGCUGGUGCAGCAGCUGUCGUCGUUCCGCGUGACGGCGGCGUACCGGCAGAAGCGCGUGGAGGCGACCUUGAAAGAGGCCGAGGUGCUUAAAACGAAGUUGGCGGGAGGGGAGAAGCGGCUGGAGAGGGUUCGCGCGCAGCUUGACGCCACGCGCAUCGCGCGAGACGCGGCGGCGCGGGAGCUCGCGGUCCUUCGGCGAAUCGCACCGGCCACGUCGGAUGCUUGUAGUAGUGACGAGGAGGAUAGCGAGGAGAGCGAUGCGGCAUCGGAUUGGGACAGUGAUGUCACUUCGGAUAGGGGAGGCGGGGGAGCAAGGUCGCGGGGAAGAGGCGGAAUGCGCCAGAAGGCGGCGAAGACGGCGGGGGAUGCGGCGUGGCGGAGGGCGGAGCUGCGGAACGUGCUGCAGGAAAUGGCGCAAGCGCUGGAGAAGACCGGAAAAAGAGCGCGAAGCGCUCUGGCGAGAACAACGCAGCUAGAAGGCUUGCUGGAGGACAGAAAGGAGGAGCUGGCGGAGGUGCGGAAGGAGUUGCGCACGGCGGAGGGGGAGCGGGACAUGCUGGCGGAGGAGUUGCAGGAAGCCUUCAACUCGUGGGCGCAGCCGCGCGCGCCCGCAGGCAUUGCCACGAGGAAGUCAGGGGUGGCGUCAGCGCCGCUGCCGCUACAGCCGCUACAGCCACAGGAGGCGCUACAGGCGCGACGGGCGCAGCGCGCUACAGAAAUACCUGGGCCUGGAACGUGGAGGGAUGAGGGCAGGAGUGGUGGGGACUUUAUGGGGAAAAUGGGGAGCACAGAAACGGGUCGCAUUAGCAGAAGCACAAGCAAGGAGGAGUUUGGGACGCGGAUGCACGCACGUGGAAUGAGCGGGGAGGGGAAAGGCGCACGGGGGAUGAUGAGCGGAAGGGGGAGCGCAGAGGAGCUGGGUGGGUGGGCCCGCGCGUCGGCGCUGUUGCUGGCGGGUCAAUUGGAGCCCCGCGUGCCUGGCUACCUGCGCGCGUCGCUAGAGGUCCCAUGA